AUGGAUAAUAAUAUUCCUGAUUUUAAUGUAAAUAAAACGGUUCAAGAUGAUGUUUCUAAUUUAGACAAGUUAACACAAUCAUAUUUGUCGUUAAAGAAAAGAAUUUCUGGUACUCAUGAAGUAAUUAAGCAGUAUAAUGAUAAAUUGAAGGAAUGUGAACGUUUGAAACAAGAUUUAGAUGUAGCAAAUAAACAAAUAAAAACAGUAACAUGUAACUAUAAUUCCACAUUAGCAAAGGUUAUUAAAUUGGAACUUCAAAGUACAGAAUACAAGAAGAAUAUUGAAACUCUUACCACACAAGUGAAUGAUUAUCAAAUAAAGAUAGCAGCAGAUCAGCAACAUAUACAACAACUAAUAUGCAAAAUAAAGGAUAUAGAAGGCAAUCAGAAUGACAAAAUUAUGCAGUAUGAUUUAGAAAAAUCCUCACUUCAAGUAAAAGUCAAGGAGUUGGAGCAAGAAUUAAAGAAUGUCAAGAAAUCUUACGAAAUAAAAAUGAAAAAGUUAGAAAAGAGACUACCUGUAGAAAAUGAAAAUAAACCAAAGAUGAGAAGUACCGCAACCAAUACAACAACAUUGUGUAAAGACGUAAUAGUGAAAAAACCGAAAGUCGCAGAAAAAUGCACAUUAACCGAUGAAUUUUUUAAAAUCAAAGAUGAUUUAUAUACUAUAUUUUGUGCCAAAUGCGAAGUUGCUUUAGAACCACCUCCUCUUGAGAAAAUAUGCAAAAUUAUGGCUAAUUCAUGUCCGAAACUAAUCGAAAAAAUUUCAUCUCCAUCGAAAAAAUCUUCAUAUCCGCUACAAGUAUCAACUGAUGUAAACAAUGAACAAUGUAAAACUGAAUGUUUACCAACGCUAUCAGACACUCCUCCGCUAUUAAUACAAAAUGAGAACAAUCACGCGAAUUUUAUGCCUACAAAUCUGUUACCUCCCCACACAAUUUCGUUAAAUCGUACAGACUAUUGCAACACCUUUCCCCCAGAAUCCAAUCUUAUGAAUCCUAGUAACUAUUACAUUAGAUCAGCACCGAUAAAUUCCUUAGAACUGGCAAAUACGAGUGCAGCUAAUCAAAACAAUCAUUGCGAAAGCAUAGCAACGACGAUGGCGUCUUCAUUGUCGAUUAUCUCUUCUAUGCAAAAAAGAAUUGACAUGUUGAAAACGAAGAUAAAAAAGAAAUUAAACAAAAGAAAGUCUGAUGAGAAUAAUAGUUGUUGUCAACAUCAUCGUCCAAAUGUUUGCUGUGGGUACGGUAUGAACAACUCCAUGCAAUUUAAUUUCAUGGAAUUGUGGAAAGGAAUGGCGGAUUUUUACGAGAAUAAGCAGAAGAAAAAUUUUAACAUGCGUGAAAAAUCCAGGAAACACGAGUUAUCUCGAUUAAGAUUUAAGAAAAGAUUACAAAAUACGCACAUCGACUCUUGGAAAGUUGAGACUGUUACAAAGAGGGUGGAUCAUAGUCCUAGGAAAAAGCCUAAGAAGCGAAAGUAUUGGUACUCAGAGUUAUAUAACAAAUCUAACACCUCGUUAAAUAACACUGAAGAUUUGGAAAAAUCAAUCAACGACUCUGACGAAGAUUCAUCCGUUGAUACGUUCAAUCAUACUGGCGUUAAUAAAAUGGAUGUUAAUUUGGAAUGUAAAAAUCCACCACAUGUAGAAAUGUUUGUUUCAAGUUCAAACCUUAAAAAUACAAGUAUGAAUGAAACUGCAGUUGUGGAACUGGUAAAAGGGUCGAUUGAAUGCGGUAAGUCAGUAGGAGGUGAAACUGACUCAGGAAUAUUGUCGGAUUCUAUUGAAUCUGGUAAACUGGUGCAGCUCGAAGCAGAUAUGGAUGCAUAUUCAGAUUUGACAGAACAUAAAAAUAUGACACAAAUGGAGUCUUCCAUGCGGAGUGAGUCAUAUGUUAGUGGAGCUAUUAAAUCAAUGAAAUCUCCGAUAAAACUGGCGUCGCAUUUAAUGAAAUCAAAUAAAAUAAUGGAGAAGAAUGUUACAUCGGAAAUGAUAAUAGACACCCCGAAUUCCGCUAAAAAAAUAAAAACAAGACAGAACAAAACAGAACUUCAAGAGUUAAAAAAAUCCAGCAAUAGACAAAAAUUGUUGAAAAAGCUGAAAAAUUUGAGAAAAAAUAGUAAAGUUGUGAAUAUAUGCCAGAAGGUUCCCAAUUGUGAAGAUAUGCAAAAUUAUGAUCACGAAAUUAUUAAUAAUUCUCAAGAACAAAAAAUUGAUAAUCCUGAAACUAUUACAGAAGAUCAUUACAUACCUAACAAGAAACCUCGUAUUGCACAUAUACCUAAAAGCUCAAUGAUCGAGGAAAAGAAAUCAUGGAACAAUUCGCUGAAAAAGUGUAACAAACGUAUUGUAAAAAGUACAGAGAAUACGAAUGUUCAAAAAGACUCUGUUAAUUUAAGUAAACCAAAGGAAAGUAUUAUCGAAUUAGAAACAGCGUAUAGCAACAGGAUAGAGGAACCUAAAGCAAUGUUUUUGGACACAGUAUAUUCUGCCAUUGAAGAUGUAGAGGAGAGUGUUGAUGAGAUAUUAUCAAUAUCUGAAAUUAAGGAAUCGUUGAAUGAGUUAGAAAAUAAAAGUUUAUUGGACAUGGACAUAAAUAAUUACGAUCAUUCUUACAGUAAAUCCAAUAUUAAUCAUUCUUUAGAAGAAGCAACGGAACUAAAUGAAACAAAGACUGAAUUAAAUAUUGAACACAAAACAAUUGAGCAAGAACAUGAGAUUAAUUUUUUAGCUGUAAAGAAAAUCGACGAAACAGACAACAGGAUUCAAGAGGAAUUAAAUCCAGAAGACAGCAAGCAUUCUAUUGAUACUCCAGAAACAAAUGACAUAAGCGACACAGUCUUAAAAACUGAAGAUUUAACCAUGAAUGCCUGUAUUAAGGAAGAAAUUUGUAAUAAAGAAGACAGAUUGAUAUCACAUUGCCUGCUGAUGAGAUUGCAGCAAUAUGUAAAGAAGAAUGAGUGUCCAAAUAGAAAUUGUAAAAGUCAGCAUAAGCAACUUUCGCAUGCUCGAUUAGUAGCAGAUAAAUUUGUAAAGAAACAAUUGCAAAGGCUAAUAAACAGCGAGUGGGAGGCCUCUACACAUUGGAAUGUAAUAGAACAAUUAAAAUCUACAUGUACUGCUCGUAUCAUAGCGAAAGGAAUUGUAGAGUUCUUAAGCACAGAGGAAGAAUAUAACAGAAAUUUAGAUAAAAGUCACACGCCGCCUGCGCCGUUAAUGACAAAAGCACAGCAAAGAAUAGCAGCGCUACUAGUUGACUUGGAAGGAUCAAAGCCCACUGUGUUUCAAUUAGUUCAGGCUGGAAUCGAGUACAGACUCUUUAGACUUAAUCAGACAAUAGAGAAGCAUAUUAUAGACUCCCUUGCUAGGAUGUACACAGUUCUAGCACGAAUUAGUAAAGACCGUGAAAAAGUAAGGAUAUUUUGUUGCGAUGCUUUGUAUUGUCUGGGACUAAAUGCAAUAAUAAUUUUAUACACAGUAUUCACUUGUUGGCCAGAAGUAUUUCCAAGUAACGAAACAGGCAACAAAUUAUUACCAAAAUGCAUGGCACAUCUAAUAAUGGCACAGCAAGCUACUACAGAAUUCCCCAAACUCUUUGCUCUAAAGAAUCUGGUGUCAGUAUUCUAUAAAUAUCAAACGGGCACGUUAUCUGCAGAUGUACUGAAAGAACUUUUAACGGCACUUCAAAUUUGUCCUAUAGAAAAAUCUUAUAGCGAAAUAGAGACCGCCGUCAUACUCCUCGCAAAAAGGGAAGGUACCACGUGGACCUACAAGAAUAUCAUUCGAGGUGCAUUACUGCCGAUGAUAAUUAACAACAAACUCCCGAGCACGUAUCGAGCGUUCUAUCUACUUGGCAAUCUCAUGCGUGCAUUUCCUGUACAAGAUAAGAACAAUUCGGUUGGUGAAAUUGUAGAACAACUAUGUGAUCUGAUUAAUUCCGGUGAAGGAUCGGAUGAACAGAAAGAAGGCGUUAUCUCGGCACUAUUAAGUUUGUCGAGACACAAAUUUGACGAGGUGGUGCAAAAUACGUUAAAAUGGACGUCAUCGACACCCCUACAUGAACGAACUAUAAAACAGUUGGACGGUUUAAUCAAUUUGCGUCCCAUAGAGUUUUGGAAGAGUUAUUUGAAAAAGAACAGACUAUUCCUGUAU